AUGCCUCUGUGGCGCAAGUUGGUUAUCGUCGCCGCAGUGGACGGUCUAGUCCUCCACGCGCAGGGUGCCAACGGUCCGCGGAGCAAUGGUGGAAGCAAUAAUGAAGCUUCCUCCAUUCGCAUUGAUUACAAAACGAAUAAAAUUACCGCUUUGCCCGCUUUAGCCUCGGAAAACAUCGGAAAAGACGCCCUAGAGGCCUACGGUCUCGUGGGUCUUUUGUCUGUCGCCUCACACUCAUUCCUCGUUUCUAUCACACAGCGAAAGGAGGUAGCGAACAUUCAAGGCGGCCCGGUCUACGCAAUUACAGACGUUGCAAUCAUCCCCGUCUCCUCACAAGAAGACGCUGGCCGCGCAAUCACCCAGGCCAGGAAGGAUACCUCCCAGGAGGACGUGAGCAUAGAUCCCUCCUCCGACGAAGACGACGUCCCGGAUAAUGAAAACAUCACCGCCGAGGCCGAGGCGGAGAUAGCCAGCGUGCCCGCAUCACCCACGCGCGACACCACACAUGCCCGCGGAAUCAGCGUCGGCAGUAUAGCGGAAGAUGUGAUUGGGAAGCGGGUUCGCUUUGGACGCUUCGCGGCUAAUUGGCUGUCGCGCAAGAACCUGGGCUUGCCUCAGCCGGGGGCUCUGGGGCAAGAUGUGCCGGAGUCGCCGGUUGAGGAGCCACCCAGUCCGUUGGAUGACAGUGCUACUGACUCGAAGGGCGAUACUGGGGCAGAAGAAUCUCCGGCCAAUGACGCUGGGAUCCAGAGCGAAGACUUGCCCAAAUCCGCACAGGCUGCGGAUCUGUUGCCGAAGCUUCUUCGUUAUACAAAGCUGUUGUUUGCGUCGCACAAUUUCUUCUUUGCAUACGAUUAUGAUCUCACACGCUCUCUAUAUACCCAGGAAGCUCGCAAAGAUCAGCUUCCGCUCCACAAAGUUGUGGACCCAUCGUAUUUUUGGAACAGACAUCUAAUGCAUACAUUCAUUGACAAUGGUGUACAUGGAUUUGUUUUACCACUCAUUCAGGGCUUUGUUGGCCAACGUGAAUUUACCAUUGCUGGCACUGAGCCGAAGCCAUCUGCAGAUUCUUCAGAGGAACUCUCUGGAGGUCGAAUUCUCGGUGAAAAAUCCGAGGUCGAGGGUGCUUCGACAGAUUCCAGCAAACGCGAUUAUCUUUUGACAUUGAUCUCGCGACGCUCUGUCAAUCGCCCUGGUCUGCGGUACCUGCGCCGUGGUGUCGAUGACGAGGGCAACACAGCUAACACAGUUGAGACCGAACAGAUUCUCUCUGUGCCAGAUUGGAGCCCGUCUCAUCCGGCUUAUUCAUACUUGCAGGUUCGCGGGUCAAUUCCCUUGUACUUUUCGCAGUCACCAUACGCAUUGAAACCGAUUCCCGUGCUACAUGGCUCUGCAGAUUCAAAUCUGCUUGCUUUCAGCAGACAUUUCCGGGACAUGAGUCGGCGAUAUGGCAAAGUCCAGGCCGUCUCAUUGAUCGACAAACUGGCUGGCGAGCUGAAACUCGGAGAGCAGUAUGAGAGAUAUACCGAGUCUUUCAACAAUGCUGGCGGCAUUGAUGGCAGCCCAUUGCAGCUAGAAUGGUUCGAAUUUCAUCGCGAGUGCCGUGGUAUGAAGUUCGAAAACGUAUCACGUCUCGUUGACCGUUUGAAAGAUACCUUGAAUGAGUUCUGCUACACUAUAGUUGCCGACAGUGAUGUCCUGCAGACGCAGAAGGGUAUCAUCAGAACCAAUUGCAUGGACUGUCUUGACCGCACUGGUGUCGCACAGUGCGCCUUUGGACAGUGGGCUCUCGAGAAUCAACUCGAAAACGAGGGCAUAGACAUCGACCUCGGUGGUGAUUCUUCCACGCAAUGGUUCAAUACUCUCUGGGCCGACAACGGAGAUGCUAUCUCCAAGCAAUAUUCUUCCACUGCUGCCUUGAAGGGAGAUUACACUCGCACUCGCAAGCGUGACUACAGAGGCGCCUUGAAUGACCUGGGACUUACCCUCUCCCGGUACUACAACAAUAUAGUCAACGACUUUUUCUCUCAGGCUUGCAUUGACUACCUCCUGGGUAAUGUCUCCACACAAGUUUUUGACGAGUUCGCCAUCCAGCUUCAAACAACCGAUCCCGGCAUCUCUGUUCAAAAGCUCCGUCAAAAUGCCAUCGAUACAAGCUGCAAGAUCGUCAUCAGCAGUCCCUCGGAGGAAUUCCUCGGGGGCUGGACUAUGCUUACCCCUCGCCAGCCAAACACCCUCCGCACAUUACCAUUUGAGGAAUCUGUUCUUCUCUUGACAGACGCAGCAGUUUAUAGCUGUCGAUUCGACUGGGAAACAGCCAAAGUCCUUUCCUUCGAACGCAUCGAUCUCCGCUCCGUCUCUCGUAUUCACUACGGUACAUACAUCACCUCAAUUCUCACAGACAGCCAAGCAAACGAAUCAACCAACGUUGGUCUCGUUCUGGUGUACCGCGAUGGCGACAUCAACACACUCCGCGUGAACACUCGCUCACUGCAAAGCGACGUCGACCUCAGCACACUGGAAACCACAGCUAGUGCAAACAGCGAAUGGGAUCUCGUCUCAUGGCUGCGCGGAAGCAAGCCCGCAACAACGCGCUUCAUGGCAUUCAAGGGCUUGCCCUUGUCGAAUUCCACGGCGAGCCCACGACUGGGUCCUACUGGGGGGACAGUCCGUGAGAUGGAUCGUGUUCGCUCUAUCUGUUUAGAUAUUGAGCGUGCGUUGCUUGCAGGCCAGAGCCGCGGCGUUGAUGCUUCGGUUGUUGAACAGUCUGAUAUUAUAUCUUUGGCUGAUGCGAAGAAACGGACUGGAUGGUUGGAAUACCUCGUAUAUGACAUCAAGAAGAUGGUUUGGGCCUAA